AUGGAGAUCGCUGUAAUUUCCGACGCAAUUUCGUCGAUCGCGUACUCGACACAGUCGUUAGGCUUCUCGAAUUUCCUCCUCAAUCGUCCCCACAGCGUGCUUUCCGUCGCCGACACGUCAUCCGAUCAGCCACCACAAUCGCCGCCUCCUUUCAACGUCUUCGCCGCAUCUCCGCCGUCCACCAGAACCCUAACGAAACCACGAAUCCGAAAAACCCGCCGCGUCAAGCGGAAGAUCCUAGCUGAUGACGCCGGCGCCGGCGGCGAAGGGAAUGGAUCCUUUGCUUUCACCGACGGAGGCAAUUUCAGCGGCGGCGAUGGAUACUUCGGGAGCGGCGGUGGGGGUGGCGGUAAGGGGUGGAACUUCGGCGGGUAUGGAGGGUCAAAUUGGGAAGAAUUUUCCGAUAAUUCGAUAUCCGAUCCAGCCUUCGAUUUUGUUUACGAGAUUCUUUGCUGGAUCGCCAUGUCGAACUGCUUGCAUUUUGCUUACAAGAAAGUGGUGAGGUUUGUCGAAGAUGGAUUCGGUGAUCGGGGAAAGGUCCCAAUGCAAUUGACUACAGUCUGCUGA